AUGUCACAGGAAGACCAAGCCCCGCAAAGACGGGAUAUUGGGAAAACGAGCCGUGGCGCUGUGGGCGAUGUGAGCGUUGCACCACGAUUGUCUCGGCGCGGUGCCGCUGUUUCUGAUUCGAGAGCCCGCUGGAUCAAGUCGUACGUGACGCUUUAUAUUAAGAUCAAGUUGUACGUGACGCUUUAUUUUAAGAUCAAGUUGUACGUGAUGCUUAAUAUUAAGAUCAAGUCAUACGUGACGCUUUAUAUUAAGAUCAACUCGUACGUGACGCUAUAUAUUAAAAUCAAGUUGUACGUGAUGCUUUAUAUUAAGAUCAAGUUGUACGUGACGCUUUAUAUUGAUAUCAAGUUGUACGUGAUGCUUUAUAUUAAGAUCAAGUUGUACGUGAUGCUUUAUGUUGAGAUCAAGUUGUAUGUGAUGCUUUAUAUUAAGAUCAAGUUGUACGUGACGCUUUAUAUUAAGAUCAAGUUGUACGUGACGCUUUAUAUUAAGAUCAAGUUGUACAUGACACUUUAUAUUAAGAUCAAGUUGUACGUGACGCUUUAUAUUAAGAUCAAGUUGUGCAUGACACUUUAUAUUAAGAUCAAGUUGUACGUGACACUUUAUAUUAAGAUCAAGUUGUACGUGACACUUUAUAUUAAGAUCAAGUUGAACGUGAUGCUUUAUAUUAAGACCAAGUUGUACAUGACGCUUUAUAUUAAGAUCAAGAUGUACGUGACGCUUUACAUUAAGAUCAAGUUGUACGUGACGCUUUACGUUAAGAUUAAGUUGUACGUGACGCCUCACAUUUGA